GUUCUAGGCUUCUAGCACUAUGUUGAGCAAACUCCUUUGUGUUGCAGCAUUCGUCUCCGUCGCUCUCGGUCAUGGGGCACCCCACGAACCUAUCACUCACGCCCAAAUCGCUCGCCGGGAUCAUUUUGGGAAGCGUUGUGCUGCAGCCUCCGGAGAGAUGUUUGCUAAGAGGAAGGCUGCAAAACGCGAUUUACUCACGAAGCGCUGGACUCCUCAGAAUGAUACUAUUCAGAACACGACCUGCAUCUUGGACACUGACGUUACUCAAGGCCCUUACCAGCUCGACGGAGACUUGAUCAGACAAAAUAUUACUGACGGCGAGCCUGGUAUCCCCAUGUUCCUCGAGGUCGGCGUGCUCGACGUCAACACCUGCGAGCCCCUCGCCAAUGCCUACGUCGACGUCUGGCACUGCAACUCUACCGGCUACUACUCUAAGUUCACUGGGGUCGAUCCCAACAUCGACCACUUCUGCGAUACUUGCGACUGGGAUCUGGAUCAGACAGAUAAUCUCACAUUUUUGCGUGGCAUCUAUCCCACCGAUGACAACGGUGUUGUCGAAUUCGCAUCUGUCGUCCCUGGCUACUAUUAUGCCCGUGCCACCCAUAUCCACGCUCAAGUUUACAAUAAUGUGACUGUCGCCGAGAACGGCACUGUCAUGGUCACCGACAACCUCCUUCACACGUCGCAAUUCUACCUACCCGACGACUUCAACACCGUCAUUGACACGAUUUACCCUUACUCGCUUCACCCGCCGCUCCUCAACCGCACUCUCGAUACCGAGGACACGACACUCGCGUCAGGCAACACCACCUUCGUUUCGCAGUAUCUGGAUGUAACUUACCUUGGGGAUAGUAUCGAGGAUGGGAUUAUUGCGUAUAUUACUGUUGGGGUGAACUCUUCGACGACGGAGACAGGCGGUGGGGCUCCUCCAUCCUGA